ACGAGUCCAGCUGAUGGCAAGGUCAUGUCCUGUGGCAGAGUGGAGGAGGGACAUCUGGAACAGGUCAAGGGUUUAGCGUAUACACUUCGCGCCCUCCUGGGUCCCAAUACCUGGUCUUCUUCCUCCUCCACUGCCUCCUCUGGGGCCUCCUUUUUCUCCCGUCCCAACACCGUGCACGGAAGCCCACCGCAACCACAGGUUCUCCAGUCCGAGUCCCGUACCUUUACGGUACCGUGCAAUCUCGACCAGCUGGGUUUUGAACGGAGCCUGCACUGUCAACUGACAUCUCUC